CGUGGCGCAGCGGCCGGGUGGUUCGCUUCCAGCCUACGGAGGAGCUUCCGCCGGGAACCGAUGCGUCUCUUGCUGUCUCCGCCAGCGCCGCCGCCGCCGCUGCUGCUGCUGCUCCUCGCGGCGCUUGUGGCUCCAGCCACCGCCGCCAGGACCUACUGGCCGGACUGGGGCCGCCUGCGCGGCCUGGCCCGGGCCCGGGUAGAGAGCUGCGGCGGAUGACAGCUGAACCGCCUAAAGGAGGUGAAGGCCUUCGUCACCCAGGACAUCCCAUACUACCACAACCUGGUGAUGAAACACCUCCCAGGCGCCGACCCCGAGCUCGUGCUGUUGGACCACCGCUACAAAGAACUGGAGCGCAUCCCGCUUAGUGAAAUGACCCGCGAAGAGAUCAACGCGCUGAUGCAGGAGCUCGGCUUCUACCGCAAGACGGCGCCCGACGCGCAGGUGCCGGCCCAGUACUUGUGGGCGCCCGCUAAGCCCCCAGAAGAGAGCCCGGACCGCGCCGACCUGUAGAUCUCGGGGCGCAGCGGAGCGAGCGGGGCCACUCGACCUGAACCCCGGGAGACACGAUGAAGCGCUCAGCAUCCCGGGAGCCCCCUCCCUUGCUGAGGGCCGACGCCCCGUCCCCCGGGCCAGCAGGAAUGGAGUGGGGGGGUUCCUCCCAACCCCCCUUGCUUCCUCCCCCAGCUCCACUAAAUCUCUUUCGCCCUGACU